AUGAAGGUCUUAAGCGUGCGAAAUCAAAUCAGUGAGCACACCUCAUACUUAGAUGCUUCCAUGAUUUACGGGUCUUCACAGGAAACCCUGAGCCGACUGAGAGAGGGACGCGGAGGUUUUCUUAAGAUGGGCCCAAAUGGAUUCCUCCCACCAGCAGAUGAUAGCACGUGCACGUUGCCGGAACCUGGGGAAUUCUGUUUUGAUCCAGGGGACCCCAGGAAUAACCUGGUACCAUCACUGGCCGCCCUCUACACCGUUUUACUCAGGGAACAUAACAGAAUAGCUAAACAGGUUCAAGUUUAUAAUCCUUCCUGGUCCGAUGAGAAGCUGUUCCAGGAAACUAGAAAAAUCAUGUCUGCUAUCAUUCAGCACAUUAACUAUAAUGAAUACUUACCACAUGUACUUAGUGAUAAGCACAUGCAAUUACACGGCUUGUACUCUACGCCAAACGGUCACCACACAGUGUACAACCCAAAGGUUAAUCCUACCACAGCAAACGUAUUCGGGGCUGCAGCAUUCAUGUAUGGACAUUCAACGAUUCCAAGCACCAAGGGUUUAAAGGACCCACAGACUCACGAAUUAGUUGAAAUAAAAACAGAAUUCACUUACUUAAGACCUUCAUUGCUGUUUGCUGGAAAUGGACGAGGAGCUGACCGACUAAACUUCUGGCAGUUGAACUCCAAACAAGCGAGACAAGAUAGGUUUAUACAAGAUGCUUUAAGAAAUGAAUUAUUGUUGAAUGAAAUGGGCGUGGCCUUCGACUUGGCUGCGUUGAACAUUCAAAGAGGGCGUGAUCAUGGUUUACCUUCAUACAAUGCCUGGAGAAAAUGGUGUGGUUUACAGCCCGCCCAUCAUUUCAGUGUGGGCUCAUGGGGACUCAUACACCACGAUCAUAAGGCAGCCAUUCUUUUGUCCAAAGUUUACAAACACCCAGAUGAUAUUGACCUGUUCACAGGAGGUCUGUCUGAACGCAGAAUCAAAGGAACGAUAACUGGGCCUACAUUCUCCUGUAUCAUUGCUAAGCAGUUCCAGUUAUUAAAACAGGGAGACAGGUUCUGGUACGAGAAUGACAUCCCAAAUAUUGGUUUUACAGCAGGUGAACAUGAGAAUCGCCCAAUUCCUCAAUCCAUGACCGCCAUUGAGACUGUCCGCUAA